AUGUUAGCUAAAAUCUUCGUUUUACUUUGCUUUAUAUCCAUCAGUAAUAGUCAAACAAAUUGUCGGACAACAUCAUGGUGGGUUUUAUUACCAUUUUCAAAAACAACAUUACAAUCAUUUUUGGACGAAUCGAAAGAAGAACUUACAUUUAAUUCAUCAAAUCCAUUAGCAAGUUUUAUGAAAAAUAAUGAACAUCCUGUUUAUUUUGAAUUUAAUCAACAAAAUCAAUGUCAACAAAAUUCAUUACCACCAUGGUUAGCUAAUGCAACAGAACAAACAUUCGUUGAAUUUAAAUUAGAAAUACCUUAUUUAAUUCGUCAAAAUAAAACUGUUAUGUUAAAACCACUUAUUUAUCAAAAUAAUUUAAUUGAUGUUAGUGCUACACGUUUUGUCUAUGGUCUUCCGACUUAUUUUGCUACUAUGCAUGCUGAUUUUGAAUAUAAUAAGUAUUCGAUUUCAUAUAAACAACAAUCUGUAGAAGUGUCAUUUGAACCUUUAAUACCAGCUUUAGUACCAUUUGGUUCACCGAGUACAGCUAAUUUUUCAUCAUUUGUGGAUGCAAAUAUUUCACCUUGGCUAGCUUUUCCUCCACUUUCAAUUUCCCAUCACACAAAAUGUGCUUCAAACAUUUAUAAUUUUUCUCAACCAGCUCAUAUUCGACCAGUUAGUAUGAGAUUAAACAUAAUCGGUGAUAUACUUCAGCAUAUACCAUCUGGAAUUUAUACAAAUGCAGGCGAUCAACCGUUAGGUGCUUGGCAAAUUGAUGUAUACACAACGAUUACGUCGACAUAUGAAUGUCCUUAA